CUCCCACAACCGGCGAGAUGCGCCAAUCCGACCUGCGACGAGCGAGCAAAAACCGUUCCGAGUCCCCGUUUCCCCUCAUUUUACUCACCCUUGCGCGCGCUCGCUGUUUUCACAGAGCCGUGGAGCAAGCCAGUGGGGGUCUAUUGUUCCUCUCAUAACGAAAAAGCCGGCUGUUGCACGCACAACGGAUUUUCAUACCAAAGGGACGUGCGAUUCGAAGAGAUACAAGAAGUGAGUUCUUUCCGGAACGUACCUGAAUGCACGAGAAGUUUUCUAUAUCUCUAGAUUUACAGUUUUGUCUGUUGGAGUACACACUUUUUAAAAUCAGCUUGUCUCGGAAGCAGCAAAGUCAAAGAAAGUGCUGCUACAUUCACGGUAAAUCCUGUGCAUUAUUGGCGCCUUUAUGCACGUUCAAUGAAAGCACCCAACACCAGGAAGGAUACAUACAUAACUGAACCAUCCUAGACAGAUUUGUACCAACGCCAUGUUUUAACUUGUCAAACAAUGAUUCCAGACGCCUUCAUUUCUAAACGGAUGGUACCAUCCGCUUUCUUCAUCAUCCUUAUUCUGUGCCACAACGGCAUGGCUGUCCACCGAAGAUCAGCCAGCUACCAGGGCGUGCCCUACGACACGAACGGCUUAGAGGCGUACCCAGCCCCCAGCCCCGUCAACAAUAUAGACAACUUCGUGAAAGAAGUUCUCCGCUGGCACACACACUAUUGCGGUAAAAACCGUAUGUGCCAGGAAUACACGUCUUCCCACUGCUACAAGUGUUCGCCCUGCCAGUGUGAUCUCAGUUGCCAUGACUACGGAGAUUGCUGCCCCGACCUGGCGUUGGAAAAGCGGGAUGGUGACGAUUUCCCUCGUCCUUUCACGGGAAAUGACGUAGAUGUUGUGACGUGUAAGAGUGUUUCCUUAAGCAGAACCUCUUUGAGAGGUGUUCGUGAGAAUCAGGAAUAUGGCUCUCAGCAUCCAUACGUAGAUAGUUACUACAUGGUCUCCAGUUGCCCUCAUACUUUCUCGUCAGAUGCGUCGGCAUGCGAAAAUAGUAACGAGGGGCCUCCUGUCACAUCCGAGAUAAAUUCUACCUCUGGAUCCAGCAUCGUUUUCAAAAACAUACAUUGUGCGCGUUGCCAUGGAUACCUCAACGUUACAGCAUGGAAAAUACAAAUUUCGUGCAUGUCACGUCAAAAUUUGACUUCGCUCUCUACGCCAUACCGAGCUGUCAUGUCUGCCAUUUCACGACCUGGGUGCUCAGUGUCUUACAUUCCACCUGAAUUUGCAAAGGGAAGGAAGUGCUUUUCUAAACCAGGAAUGAUUUACAAAUGCAACGUGACAGGUCACUGGCCGAGGCGAGACGCGUUUUUAGAGCGAGCGUGCCACAGUCAUUUAACUCCCAAACUUGUGAAUGGUGUACUGUACAAAAACGUCUUCUGCUUCCUCUGUAAUACAAACGUAGACGGGAGCCAUCAGGACCUUACGUCGUGCCAACGGAGUCCGUAUCAGAAGUCGGCGCCGAUGACAGUGCUGCUAGACAACAGAGCUGUGAAAGAGGGCGACCGGGGAAGGCAUCUAGCAGAGAGCGGUGGCUACUGUGGUGGGACUGGUGUCUACGAUCACAAAGAGGGCACGUGCCGAGAAGUGACAUGCGCACUGGCUCAGCACCUGGUUCCUGGUGGCUGCGCGCCACUUUUCCUGAAGGCCAAAGGUCUGGGCUACGAGCUGUAUUUUGGACUCCGCCCUAACGACCCGGUCGACCUUUCAGGACUUCGCGAUGGCAUUCAACCGAACCGACGAUGAGGGCCGCUGCAGCCAAACAGCCAGCGACCUGGGCGUCUACGUUCGACUUAUCUCCCUUUCCAUCACUGACCAGGCGUCGCUGCAGAGAUCCCUACAAGAAGUGUGCUAUUCAAACUUCACCAUCGCUACUCGUACCUGGAAUAUGUCGUUACAGGCUUUUCCUAAUGAAAUUCCCUGGCACGUGAUGCACCCAUCCAGAAGGCGCUCGCCCUACUCGCUGUCUCCGUGUAUCACUAUUGUCGCGAACAAUCACCUGGAGCAGAGGGAAGAUGGGAUCAUGCGGGUUGGAACCACAACUCCAGACCCCAACUCCCAAGACCAAGUAUCCGAGACCCCUCCAUUUAUCCGGCUCUCCAGCCUCAUCGCCUGUCCUCACGUGCGCCUCUUCCCGCACGAGUACGCCGUGGCCGGACCAGGAUGCGAGCUCACAUUGGCGUGGCGGGAUCCCGAGGACAAACUCUCCAACGACCGCUUCAUCAUGGAUCUCGAAGGAAACGUCACUAUCUGUUUGGAGGACUUCCUUCCCAAAGUAAAAGGGGAGGGACGGCGUCGGACGAUGGAAGAGACGAUACUUGCUUACGCUCUGCUCCCUAUAUCUAUUUUUUGUUUAAUCUUGUGUCUUAUUGUUUAUUUGGUAUUUGCCGUGCUCAGAACGCUUCCCGGAAAGAACAAUAUGGUUCUUAUAUCUUCCCUGUUGUGCUGCCAUUCUGCUUUACUUGUCGGUUACGUAAUUGAUGACGUCAGCGAUUCUUGCGGAAUAGUGGGCGUUGUUAGCCAUUAUUUCGCCCUCUGUCUUCACUGUGCUCUCCUUGUAUGUUCGUAUCAUGUGUAUGCUAUUUUCACGACAAUGCAUUUAUCUGCAAACAUUCCCCGCGAGAAUAGAACCUUCCUGCUGUAUGUCUUUUUCGUAAUUUUUGCUCCAAUUGUAGUGGUAGUAAUCGUCAUUGUAGUCAAUGUAGCUCUUGAUGAGAACGGAUCCCACAUUGGGUACGGUAAACUUGCAAUAUGCCUCCUGAGUUCAGAAACUGGUGCAUGGACUGCCUUAUUCAUCCCAUCGAUAAUCAUAAUAAUAAUAAAUCUCACUCUGUUUUGCUUAACUUACGCGUCACUUCGACAAAACAAAGACAUUGAGACAAACAUCACCGAUGAAAGACACGUUCACUUUUACAUCAGAGCCACUGUUUUGGCAUUCAUUGCCUGGACAUUCUACUUAAUCAGCGUUUCGAUGCCGUCUCCGAUAAUCAGAAUCAUAUUUAUCGUAUUUCAGUGCCUUCUUGGGGUUUACAUAUUCAUCGCUCUGAUUUUGACCCGCAGAAUUUCAGGACUUUUGUUCACCUUUUGCUGUGAAGAUCGGCCCAAUAGCAAGGAUGUUACUUCAUUCAAAAUUGGAGGGGUAGCUCGUAACUCAACAAAGAAUCCUACUAUUGUAGUAACUGGCUUUAGGAAGACUGGUUCAGAAUCUGACAAUGAGAAGCUCUCCGGAAACGGAAGUGGGUACAAUGCCAAUAUGGCAGAUACGUACACGUGACACACAUGUGUGUGAACUCGAUUCUAAUGUAUGAAAAAGAACCCAGUUUUGGCGUAAGGAAAUAAUAUUGAAUGUAAAAUGCGUUUGAUAGACCGGACAACGUCUUUUGCUGUCCAAGUGCUUGUUUCACAAAGGCUCGCGAUCAGUCUCAAUACUCACAUUUGGACAGUUAAAUUUUUACCCUAAGUAAACGUGAUAAAAACAGAGAAUGGACCGUCUCAUCUCUGUACGGAUCGUUUUGAAACGAAA